CGCUCACGGCCCAAAGUGGCCAUUUCUGAAGGUUUUUAGUAGGUGAGAGAGGGCGAUACGGUUUCUCCGAGGACCAUCAGCCAUCAGGUUGGUCGUUUCCGAUCGCUGGGCAGCGGCAAAACAGCCCUUGAAAACCCCUAAAAUCUCGCGUUCGUUGCUUCAAUCAAUCGUUUUCCUCUUCCUUGACAGCGGAUUCAGAUCAUUCCCAGUCCCAGAUGUGAAUUGUAGGAAUGUUGACGGGUCAUGCUAUUAGUUUACAUGAAAGAAGUGAAUCAGAUGAGCUUUUACUAGCAGAUCCUGUAUCUGAGAUUGAUGACGAGGAAGCAGAAAUUUCUGGAAAAGUAUUGUAUAGAGCCUCAUUUGAAGAGCUUGCAAAAAAUCAUGUGCAAUGUGACACAAUUAUAUGGGUAUUGAUAUCAUUAUUGCUUGUUUUGGCUUGGGGAGUUGGUGUAGUUAUGCUUCUAUAUCUGCCUGUCAGAAGAUAUGUGCUGCAGAAGGAUAUAUCUUCACGCAAACUUUAUGUCACACCCAACAAGAUAGUUUACAAGGCCAGAAGACCUUCCUUUUUGCCUUUCCUAGGGUUUACAAAGGUUGAGAAGCACAUACCUCUUCACACAGUCAUCGACAUCAUUAUGGAACAAGGAAUAGCUGGAGAAAGGAGAAUAAAUCAUACCCUGUGCAUCGUGUUGGCCAGUAUUCAUGAUGCCGGUUGCCUGCAAUCAUUAUAUGGAAUCCAUACAUUUAGGAUCGAAAGUAUAGCUCAUGGCAAAGCUGCACCAGUGGAUGAACUACAAUUUCAAGGUGUUUCCAACCCAGGACUUCUAAGGAAGGUUAUUAUAACAGAGGCUGCAAAGAGUAUCCAAGAAGCCAGGAGUUGGAAGCCUACAAUGCACCCCGGGGAAGGUCUAUCCACACCAACUCAUAUGAGAUCUCUAACCGAGGUUCCAGCAAUUGAGAAGUUUCAAUCUCCUGGCUGGAAGGUCAAAGCUUCUCCUAGACGUGCUCUGUUUGAGGCUGGAGGGGUCAUACCUGGAGACUUGUUGCUAAAUAAACUUGAAGAAAUAAAGCAAUCAGUAAAGAAAAUCGAAUCUUUUGUGGGAACACAAGAUUCAUCUGAUGGUUGCUGAGUUGACAUUGUGCUAUUCUUUUUCUCCCCAGUUUAUUUUGUAUCAUAUAGGUCUUUUCAAAGCUUUGUUUUGCAAGUGACUAUUUCCUUUUUUUGAAGUAUAUUGUCUUGCAAAUAACUUGUAACAAUGGAUGUGUGUAAUCAUCAUUUUGAGCAGAAGAAGAAAGAAUAGUGCAAAUACAAAUUCUCUGAUUGAAAUUCUGCUUGGUGGAGCUUCGACUUCUCUCUGCAAAAUAAAGCCUUCGAUUCAUAUUCAGGAAGAAAUGAAAUAGGUUGAGAGAAUAUGAUAGCCAGACCAAGAGGCCAAGUGCAGAAGAGUGAAUUAGGUUCAAAGCAACUUCUUCGGAAACCUGUUUAUAUUGUUCCCCAUUGGGAUGAGUUAGUAAUGGAGCUUACAGCAGGAACAUCGAGAUUUGAAGCAGGUUGUGUAUGGUUCCCGAAGAUGAGGGAUUUAGAGUAUUUGAGCAAAUAAGCUCAAGGCAUGCCCUUUAGCAUGGAGCACAUCUUAUAACUUCCAGAAGCCAACGCCAUCAUGCUAGGUAUUGAACAGCUGACUAUGAAACUGUUGGCAUGCCCUACCAUAACUCAAGGUCCCUGGACCCAUGCACUUCACAACAUGACGCAUUUCAGAGGAAUUAGAAGUUGGUCUACUGCCAAAUGUCGUCGCUGAUUGAAAAAUAGGCCAGAUAUUUAGUUUCUGUUUGUUUAAUGGUCUUCUGCUUUAUUAAGAUAAUUUCUCUGUUAUUGGGUGAUACCAGAAUUGUAGAAAACAAUGGCAUACUGGUGUUGGGCGUAAUAGAUACUCAUCUAAAUAUGUUGCAGAAAUU